AUGGAUACGCCUUCCCCAUCAUCUAAAGUGAUAGGGGGACCGCUCUAUGCGGCGUCUCCAGAACGGGUUAACUCCCAACGAACAUCUAAAAAUUACGAAGUCAUCACCUCCACGACUCGGGUGCAUACCAGAGAAAACAGCGUCCACGAAAAAGUAGCCAGUUUCAAUUCAUUAUCUUCUCUAUCGAAGACAUCAGAUAAAAGGCAUCACGAUGCAGCUCUCAAGAGAGCUAUGUUGGGAAGAGAGGAGGCAGAGAGCGAAAUGCAGAGAUAUCGGGAAGAAGCCAGGCUAUUGAAGAACGUCGUUGAAGAAGGUAAACAGAGAGAAAGAAAAGUUGCUGAGAGAUUAGAAUCUGUUAUGGAAAAAUUCAUGCAUUCUGAAGAAAACUACGGACGCACAAAGCUUACUUGGGAAAAAGAGAAGCGGCGUAUGAAAAAGGAAAAUUUUAAGUCGCAGUCAGUUUUGGUUAAAAUUCAAGCUGAAUUGAAAUCUGCUCGUUCAGCUAUCAGCGUGGCUCAAGCCGAUCUCGAGAAGGAGAAAUCUCAAGUAAUAGCCACGCAAAAGAAAGAGUCGCAAGUCCAGCAACAGCUUUCUAAUGCCCUAACAGCUGUAAGACAGUUACAAGAUAACCUUAAAAAAGCCGAGCAGGAGCGUGAUGCUUUACGGUCAAUCGCUGCAGGUGAAGAUGUCGCUCGUAUCGCUAGCGAAGGUCUAAUACCACUCCCUGCGUCAAGUAAAGAGGACGAAUUCUCAUCGCCUAAAAAAAUUGACAAUCAUCAGGAACCUACCCAUCUAAUUCGCUUAGAUUCAAAAGAGGAGCUAGACGAAUUACGGAUGUUGCUUUCAUGGGAGAAACAGCACGCCAAAAGAGCAGACGAACGCAUCGAAUUUCUGGAAUUGGAAUGUCGUCUUCACUGUUGUGUAUCUCGAAAAGCUUUGCCGCAAAGCAAAAAGACAUAUUUCGAACUGAACUCAAGCUCUAAUAUCUCCAAAACUACGCUUGGUGCAGAGGCUUCAUCCGAAGAACAAUUAAUAGCGACUCCAAUAUCCCCUGAAGGAAUUGCUGAUGUUGCAAAAAAUACCUUGAACAGAAGAUCUAUUAUAAAUCCAAUGAUUGAAUUCUAUGAUCCAUUUUCUAGUCCAAACGACUCACAGGAAAUGCAAUUAUGUGAAACACUAGCUAUAAACCACGAAAUUUCAGAGGAUAAUAAAUUGAGUUCUCGGACGAAAUCAAUCUCAGGUGAUCAUAGUCGAUCCCUCAAUGCGAUGCCAUGCGACAUUUCUCUUAUAAAAGAUCCAGAAGUGAGAGUCAUCACCAAUAUGUCAGCGCCUUCGUAUGAUGAAAAGAUAUCAUUUUGUCCUACUGUGAGUCGAGAAGAAGCGCUGGCGCAAAUACGAGAACGAAGAGGACGGGCAAGGAGCUUAGUACACGCAACAAUAACACCAAAGAGACAAAUAUGGGGAAUAAGACGAGACAUCAGUGCCCCUGCUUCGCAUGGCGGUUAUACCCGUGGUAGAAAAGCAAAUUAA